AUGGUCGUCCCCUCGGGUAAGCUCGAGGGCAGACGCUUCUCCAGCUACUCGCAGAACGAUGAAGAUGACAUUUUCACCCGCAGCCCGUUCGGGGUGAAGCGUGGUACGUUAUCUGCGAUCUCCGCGCCGUUGGGCACGGCCUACAACCCGCCGAACAAUGGGUUUCUGGGCUUUGCCACCGCGUCCAUCUCUGCGGGCGUGCCCAACCACCACAUGCCGGUGGCUCCCGGGUCCAUUGGCAGUGCUGGAACCAAGGUGGGUGCCAAGAGUAGCUUCUUGGAGCGCUUCGCAAACGUCAGCGAAGCCACCAAGGAGGUCGAGUUACUCAACAGCAUGGGCACCCUCUCGAUCGGUUCCGGCGGCCGCGCCAAGCCGAUACGUGACAGCGACAACAAGCAGUUCCUUGCGUCGCCUAACUCGUCCUCCAUCUACCUCAACGCCUCGGGCGAGCUCCCAGAGAUGCACUCGCCGGUGUCCGACUCGUUGAACAUGAACUACACCGGUGUUAGACAUCAGUCGAUCAGCGAAAAGAUCGAUAGCUACUCCGAGCACAAUUCGGUGUCGAUGGACAUGAACAGCCAGGAGGAGGCCAAAAACAUAUGGAACCCAGCCAACGCUACAUCCUUCUUCCCGUCCUUCGAGCCGCAGCAGGUAUUCCCCCAGAUGUAUCCGCCAUAUCCGUUUAUGAACCAGCUGUUCGGGCCAGACCCCCAGCCGUUCAUGCCAGGAGGCGACCCCCAGCCGUUCAUGUCAGGAGGCGACCCACAGCUCCAGUACGGGAUGUUCCAACCGCAGUUCAUGUACGGCGGGCCGCAGCCUCCAGCCUCGCCGCCAAAGAAGGAAGAGUUUGUUGCGCCUAGCACUGGCAAGCGAGGGCGCCGCCGCCAGGAGAAGGAGAAGGAAAAGGCCGGGCCUAGUAACAUCUACAGGUCGCCGCUCCUCGAGGAGAUCCGCAACUGUGACAGCCCGUUGGACAAGUUUUCGCUCAAGGAUAUCUAUGGCCACGGAAUCGAGUUCUCCAAGGACCAGCACGGGUCGCGCUUUAUCCAGCAGCUCUUGAGCGCCGCGAGCACCUCUGCCGAGGACAAGGAGGUUAUUUUCAACGAGAUCCGCGAGAUUGCGUAUGAGCUUAUGACGGAUGUGUUUGGCAAUUAUGUCAUCCAGAAGUACUUUGAAUUCGGCGACGACCUCCAGAAGUCUGUCUUGUUGAGCAUCAUGUGGGGCAACUUUAUCGCGCUCUCGUUGCAGAUGUACGGGUGCCGUGUGGUGCAGAAGGCGAUUGAGUUUGUGGAUGCGAACAACCAGUACCGCAUCAUGGAGGAGUUCAAGGACCGCGUGAUCCAGCUCAUCAAGGACCAGAACGGGAACCACGUGAUCCAGAAGUCGAUCGAGGCCGUGAGGCCGUUCCACAAGGUGAGCUUCAUCCUCGCGUCCGUCAAGGGACAAAUCUACCACCUCUCCACCCAUCCGUAUGGGUGCCGCGUGAUCCAGCGCUUGUUGGAGUUCUCCGGGCCUGAGGACCAGGAGGCGAUCCUUGCGGAGUUGCACAAGUUCACCUUUUACUUGAUCCAGGACCAGUACGGGAACUACGUGAUUCAGCACAUCUUGGAGAAGGGCGAUGAGCAGCGCCGCCAGGAGAUCUUCCUGGUGGUCAACAGCGCGGUUGUCAACUUGUCAAAGCACAAAUUUGCGUCGAAUGUCGUGGAAAAGUGCAUUGUCUACGGCGACGCCCAGCAGCGGAGCGCUAUUCUCGUCGAGGUAUUGCGCAACAACAAUGAUAUCACCAACACCGACAUCAUCGAGCCAAACUCCGCCUUGGCGUUGAUGAUGAAGGACCAGUUUGCGAAUUAUGUGGUGCAGAAAUUGGUCGAGGUCACCCGUGGCGACAAGAAAAAGUUGUUGAUCGCCAAGAUUAAGUUGUACUUGAAGCAGAUAUCAAAGUCGUCGUUUGGUAAGCAUCUUGCGUCGAUCGAGAAGUUGAUUUUGUUGGCUGAAACGACUGUUGUGUCAGAUGAGGAUUAA